AUGGGGGCAAGGGGCUGCACAAGUGUGGAUGCCCUACUUUGCUUCCUCACGAGGACCAAUGACCGUAAACGACUCAUUACUCCUAACAACGAUGUUCCCAUUGGAGUUGCAAGGAGUUUGGUGACUCCCAGAGAUGUGAGCGUGAUGAGAACAAGGGAUGAUAACCAGCUGGUGAGUGAUGCCAUGGCACCUAGUGUGUAA